AUGGACGAAUUUACGAAGAUAUCUGGCCCAGUUCCGAAGAACUUCGACGCGGAAAACGCAGACAAUCUUGAAGAUAUCGAGAAGCAGUUCGCUGUUAAAGCGGUACAGCAUCUGGAGACGUAUUGGGCUAUCCUAGAGAAGGUUAAGGGAUCGUCGUUGCGGCUGACGAAGAUGGACGACGAGAUCUAUGAGCACCUCAAGUCCGAGUUCCCCGAGUUCGACCCCGCGGCAACCAUAAACGAGGACGAGAUGAAGAGCAAGUCGGGCAAGGAACGGUGGCGCAAGUUCAUGAUGGCCUACGACAAGAGAGUCGACGACUACAACUUCGGCACCAUGCUGCGGACGAGCCCUAACGUCGAAUACGAACAGGACACAACCAUAUUCGUUCCUAGGAUGCAAUUCUACGCUAUCGAGAUAGCGAGAAACAAAGCUGGCCUGAACGACUGGAUCUAUGAGAAGGCUAAAGGUAUCGGCAAGUCGUAA